AUGCGUUCUGGCGACUUGCUGAUUGAGAUUAAUUCACGAAAGCAAGCCCAGAACAUACAAAAGUUAAAGGCUUUGGCAACUAUACCAAUCAAGGUAUACCCACACACAUCUUUAAAUACAUCAAAAGGUGUUAUUACAUGUGGAGAGAUUUUCAACUUGCCUGUAGAUUUAAUUACCGAGGAAUUAAAAUCGCAAGGUGUCACACAUGUCCGCCGUAUUACCAUCCGGCGAGAUGGACAAACUCUUGAGACUAAACAUCAUAUACUUACUUUUAUGCCCCCUAAACUCCCGGACUACAUAUAUGCUGGUUACAUUAAGCUUCCCGUGAGACCAUACAUACCGAAUCCUCUCAGAUGCUUUAAAUGUCAGCGUUUUGGGCAUUCGAAAACAAACUGCCGUGGGACAGUCACUUGUGCCCGCUGUGCUGAGAAAGGACAUGAGAGCCAGGAUUGUUCAGCACCAGAGAAGUGCGUGAAUUGUAAAGGCGAACAUACGUCCUUCUCCCGCUUAUGCCCACGUUGGAAAAUCGAAAAACAAAUUACAGCAACUAAAAUUAAAGAAAAUAUUCCAUAUCCUGAGGCUUGA